AUGCUCAAAAAGCUUUUUGAUUUUAUUUCUUGUAAAAGACCAAGAUCUGAAGACUCCUCCAAAGCUCCUAUAAAAAAACGUAAACCCUAUAUUUUUUGCGCAAUUUGUAACGACGUGAUUUCCCUUAGUUCUACCUUAAGAUGUGGCCAUUCUUUUUGUGAGCCUUGUAUAGCGCAAUAUUUAUUAUAUAGCGCAGAGUGCCCUAAAUGUGACCGAUUUGUGAGAAAUGCUAAUCUUUAUCCGUCGUUUUCCUUUGACCAAAUAAUAGAAGAAGAAAUUGGGAAAACUGACCUGGAAAAAUGAAAAAAUAGGAGAAAUGAAGUAGAAAUUAAUAAAAAAUCCAAAAGACUGAGAAGGGCAGAAAUUGGGAUGAAAAUCGAUGUCAGGGAUUUGGAAGGAAUUUGGUGUGUAGGGAUUAUUAAAUGCGCAAUUAAAGGAAAUAAUAACCCAGCUAUUUAUGUGCAUUUUGAAGGGUGGGAUAAUUGCUUUGAUGAGCUUAUUCCUUUGGAUUCAGAAAGAAUCGCACCAUUAGGGCUCUACACAAAUAAAAAUAUCCCAAAAUAUGUCCUGCCGAAACGGGAUGGGAACAAACAAGCAGAUCUUGUCUAUUAUAAGCAAUAA